GCCUUGCCGUGUGUUUACGUGGAGACGAAGAUGGCGGCGGCGGUGACGGCGUUGCCCGUGCGGCUGAGGACGGUCAGCCAGUGAGCGCGGAGACUGGUUCCACGCCGGGCGGGGGGGAGCGCCAGGCCCGGCCCUGCUCCUUAGGCGGCGGAUCUUGCGGUCCCACCUCUAUCGGAAUCGACCUUUCCUUUUUACCCCCGACCCUCUCCCUGUCUUCCCCCAGCUUUCCCUUCAGAGGCCAUGGAGGACGAGGAGAGACAGAAGAAACUGGAGGCCGGCAAAGCGAAGAAACAAGGCUGCAGUGAUCGUUUGUGUAACUAAAUCUUUUGCAUGGACUAAUUAAAUUUAGUACAAAUCAGUAGAAGUCCCAGAAAUUUCACAAGCUUGCCCAGUUUCGACAAAGGAAAGCUCAAUCUGAUGGGCAGAAUCCUUCUAAGAAGCAGAAAAAAAAGAGGAAAACUUCAAGCAGUAAACAUGAUGUGUCAACAUACCAUGCUUUGAAUAUUGAGCACUCACAGAGUGAUGAAAUGUACAUAAAUAGUUCUCAGAGGGUAGGAACAGCCGUGACUCCUGAAUCCACAAUAAUCAAACGUGAUGAGGUCUUCUCUGUUGAACCAGAAAGUGAGAUUUCAACUACGGCAGAUGAUUAUAGUUCAGAGGUAAAUGGUUGCAGUUUUGUGGUGAGAACAGAAAAACCUACAAAUUUAUUAAGGGAAGAAGAAUUUGGUGCUGAUGAUUCUUAUUCUGAACAUGGAGCACAGUACAAUCAGACCCACCUAGAGAUGAUGGAAAAUGAAUUGGCUGGUAAACAGCAUGAAAUUGAAGAGCUGAACAGAGAACUAGAAGAAAUGAGAGCCACCUACGGGACUGAUGGACUGCAGCAGUUACAAGAAUUUGAAGCUGCCAUUAAGCAAAGAGAUGGCAUCAUAACCCAGCUCACUGCUAAUUUACAACAAGCAAGGAGAGAAAAGGAUGAGACAAUGAGAGAAUUCUUAGAGUUGACAGAACAAAGUCAAAAAUUACAGAUUCAGUUCCAACAUUUACAGGCUAGUGAAACUCUAAGAAACAGCACUCACAGUAACACAGCUGCAGAUUUAUUACAAGCAAAACAACAGAUCCUCACUCAUCAGCAACAGCUGGAAGAACAAGACCAUUUAUUAGAAGAUUAUCAAAAAAAGAAAGAAGACUUCAAAAUGCAAAUUAGUUUCUUGCAAGAGAAAAUUAGAGCAUAUGAAAUGGAACAAGACAAAAAAGUAGAAAGCUCAAAUAAAGAAAUACGGGAAAAGGAUACAAUCAUUGAAGAAUUAAAUACAAAAAUAAUAGAAGAUGAAAGAAAAACUCUAGAGCUAAUGGAUAAAGUCACAGCUGCUGAUAAAUUACUAGAAGAAUUACAAGAACAGGUUGUACAAAAGAACCAAGAGAUUAAAAAUAUGAAAUUAGAGCUGACUAAUUCCAAGCAAAAAGAAAGACAGUGUUCUGAAGAAAUAAAACAAUUAAUGGGGACAGUUGAGGAACUUCAGAAGAAAAAUCAUAAAGAUAGCCAAUUUGAAACUGAUAUUCUCCAAAGAAUGGAACAAGAAACACAAAGAAAGUUAGAACAGCUCCGGGCAGAGCUGGAUGAGAUGUAUGGGCAGCAGAUAGUACAGAUGAAACAGGAGUUAAUAAAACAGCACAUGUCACAGAUAGAUGAACUUAAAAUACGACAUAAGGGAGAAAUGGAGAAUGCUUUAAGAUCAUAUCCAAGUAUUACAGUUAAUGAUCAAAUAACGUUAAUGAAUAUGGCAAUAAAUGAACUGAAUGUAAAAUUGCAAGAUACUAACUCUCAAAAAGAAAAACUCAAGGAAGAACUAGGAAUAAUUUCAGGAGAAAAGUCUGCUCUACAGAGACAGCUUGAAGACCUUUUUGAAGAAUUGAGCUUUUCAAGGGAACAAAUUCAGAGAGCUAGACAGACAAUAGCUGAACAAGAAAGUAAACUCAGUGAAGCACACAAAUCCCUUAGUACAGUGGAAGAUUUGAAAGCUGAGAUUGUUUCUGCAUCUGAAUCCAGAAAAGAACUAGAAUUAAAACAUGAGGCAGAAGUUACAAAUUACAAGAUAAAACUUGAAAUGUUAGAAAGGGAAAAGAAUGCUGUAUUAGACAGAAUGGCUGAAUCGCAAGAAGCUGAAUUAGAGAGGCUGAGGACACAGCUUCUGUUUAGUCAUGAAGAAGAACUUUCCAAACUGAAAGAAGAUUUAGAAAUCGAACAUCGAAUAAAUAUUGAGAAACUAAAAGAUAAUUUAGGCAUUCACUAUAAACAGCAGAUAGAUGGCUUACAGAAUGAAAUGAGUCAAAAGAUAGAAACCAUGCAGUUUGAAAAAGACAGUUUGAUAACUAAGCAGAAUCAAUUAAUUUUGGAAAUUUCAAAGCUAAAAGAUUUACAGCAGUCCCUUGUGAAUUCAAAAUCAGAAGAAAUGACUCUUCAAAUCAAUGAACUUCAAAAAGAAAUUGAAAUACUCAGGCAAGAAGAAAAGGAAAAGGGUACACUUGAACAAGAAGUUCAAGAAUUACAACUUAAAACUGAAUUAUUGGAGAAACAAAUAAAGGAAAAAGAGGAUAACCUUCAAGAAAAAUUUAAACAACUUGAAGCAGAGAAUAGCACUCUUAAAGAUGAAAAGAAAGCCCUUGAAGACAUGUUGAAAAGGUAUACGCCUGUUAACCAAGAAGAAAGAUUAAUUUUCAUAGACUCCAUUAAAUCCAAAUCCCAAGACUAUAACUGGCAAAAAGAAAUAGAAAUACUUACAGAGGAAAACAAGGACCUCAAAAAACAAUGUAUUGAGCUAACUGAAGAGAUUGAAAGGCAAAGGAACACUUUUUCAUUUGCUGAAAAAAAUUUUGAAGUUAACUAUCAGGAGUUACAGGAGGACUAUGCUUGCCUUCUCAAGGUAAAAACUGACUUAGAAGACAGCAAAAACAAACAAGAAGUAGAGUAUAAAAGUAAGCUUAAAACACUUAGUGAAGAGCUUCAUCAUCUGCAAAGAAUAAAUCCAACUAUGGUAAAAAUGAAAGGUUCAGUCUUUGAUGAUGACAAAACUUUCAUAGGGGAACCAUUGGAAACCGGUGAUGUUGUUGAGAAAGAUACAACAGAACUUAUGGAAAAACUUGAGGUAACCAAGCGAGAAAAGUUAGAACUGGCGGAGAGAUUGUCUGAUCUUUCUGAACAAUUAAAACAGAAACAUGGUGAGAUUAGUUUUCUGAGUGAAGAAGUGAAGUCUUUAAAGCAAGAGAAAGAGCAAGUUUUAUUGAGAUGUAGAGAGCUAGAAAUCAUCAUUAACCAUAAACGGACAGAAAAUGUAAAUGUUUGUGAUGCUCAGUUGGUCUCUUUAAAAGAUGGUGGUGUGACUAUGACAGGCAAGGAUUCUGGAGAGUUAGUUUCUAAAAUAAAUAAAGAUUUUGUUGAAGAAUCAAAAAUAAUGGAGGAAGAUAAAAUUCCUUUUGAAAAUAAGACUGUUGGAAAAGAAGGCAAGCAAGAACAGUUGUUUUUGGAUCAUUUGCCAUUAGUGACAAAUGGAUCAUCACUUGGGACAACUGAACCAAGUAGAAAUGAUAAACUUCAGUGGGAACUUAGUGUACUUAAAUCAGAACAGAAUGAUUUAAGGCUACAGAUGGAAGCUCAGCGUAUAUGCCUCUCUCUGGUUUAUUCAACACAUGUGGAUCAAGUUCGUGAAUAUAUGGAAAAUGAAAAAGAUAAAGCUCUUUGUAGUCUUAAGGAGGAACUUAUUUCUGCCCAAGAGGAAAAGAUAAAGGAACUUCAGGAAAUACACCAGCAAGAGCUACAGAAUAUAAAAACGCAAGAAACAGGUGGUGAAGCGAAGCCUUUACAAAUGCUCAUUGGAAAACUACACAAGGCAGUGUCUGAAGAAUGUUCUUAUUUUACACAGACUUUUUGCAAUGUCCUUGGUGAACAUUAUACUUCUGCUUUAAAAUGUGAAGUAAAUGUAGAAGAGAGAGAGAGUUCUGGUGUUCACACUUCUGAAAAUCAAGAACUAGAAUUGCAAGAUUAUAGAUAUGAAGUUCAAGACUUGCAAGAAAAUAUGCAAACUCUUCUCAACAAAGUAACAGAAGAAUACAACAAACUCUUGGUACUUCAAACACGAUUAAGUAAGGUUCAGGGACAGCAGACAGAUAAUGUGAAACUUGAGUUUGCAGAAGGAAACCUACCAAAAGAGGAAACAGAGUUAUCAGCCUCUCAGAUGACCAAUUUGCAAGACAUUGAUGUCUGUCAUGAAAGCAAGUUAUCUCUGCAAGAUUCUGAAAAAAUUAAACAACUUGAAGGACAAGUUCAAGAAUUAGAAAACCUCAUAUCCUCUUUGCAGCAACAAUUGAAAGAAACUGAAGAAAACUAUGGGGCAGAGAUCCACUGUUUGCAGGAAAGGCUUCAAGCUGUCACUGUAUCCACAGUUCAGCCAAGUUUCUCCAUUGAUUCAAUGGUAAUUACUGAAUCUGAUGUCCGGAAAACAAUAUAUCCUGGAAGUUGUCUAAACCAGAACAUUGAUGGUACAAUAGAGUUUUCUGGUGACUUUGGAGUGAAACAGGAAACAAAUAUGGUUAAGUUGCUGGAAAAACAAUACCAAGAACGAUUAGAAGAAGAAGUAGCUAAGGUCAUUGUAUCAAUGAGUAUAGCAUUUGCUCAACAAACUGAACUAUCUAGAAUAUCUAGGGAAAAAGAGGAUACUACAUCAUCAAAACAAGCACAUGCUUUCUGUCAGCAAGAACAUUUAAAUAAAAGGAAACUAUCACAGGGUCAAACUUUUGAAGCAAUGGACAUGAAAUUUAAAGAAGAAUUUAAACCACUCAGUAAAGAGUUAAGAGAAAAUGGAAAGGAAGUUCUGUAUUCAAACAAUGAUAAUCUUGAUGAUAAACUAGAAUCGAAGGACCAUGAACUGACUAUUUCAGAAGAAAUGUUCUCCAGAGAUAAAACAUUUAUAGUCAGAGACCCUAUCCAUGAUGAGAUUUUGGUGUCAAGUAUGGAUGCUUCUAGACAACUAAUGUUAAAUGAAGAACAGUUGGAAGAUAUGAGGCAGGAACUUGUACGACAAUACCAAGAACAUCAGCAGGCAACAGAACUGUUACGGCAGGCACACAUGCGCCAGAUGGAGAGACAGCGAGAAGACCAGGAACAGCUACAAGAAGAGAUUAAGAGACUGAAUAGACAGUUAGCCCAGAGAUCCUCAAUAGAUAAUGAGAACCUGGUUUCAGAGAGAGAGAGGGUGCUUUUAGAGGAGCUGGAAGCACUAAAGCAGCUGUCUCUAGCUGGAAGAGAGAAGCUGUGUUGUGAGCUGCGCAACAACAGUACGCAGACACAGCAGAAUGGAGAUAAAAACCAAGAGGAAAUUGAAGAACAGACCUUUAAAGAAAAGGAGUCAGACAGAAAACCUGAAGAUGUGCCUCCUGAUAUUCUGACCAAUGAAAGGUUUGCACUCCAGAAAGCUAAUAACAGACUUCUGAAGAUUCUCUUAGAAGUUGUGAAGACAACAGCAGCUGUUGAAGAAACAAUUGGUCGCCAUGUUCUUGGUAUUCUAGACAGAUCUAGUAAGGUCCAGUCAUCUGCCAGCUUGAUUUGGAGAUCAGAAGCAGAGGCACCUAUAAAGUCAAAUAUCCAUGAGGAACACACAGGAGUUACAGAUGAAUCUAUACCCUCUUAUUCUGGAAGUGAUAUGCCAAGAAAAGACAGUAGUAUGUGGUCAAAAGUAACUGAAGAAGGGACAGAUCUCUCAGAACGGCUUGUGAGGAGUGGUUUUGCUGGAACUGAAAUAGACCCUGAAAAUGAAGAACUUAUGCUGAGUAUCAGCUCUCGACUACAAGCAGCAGUUGAGAAACUCUUAGAAGCUAUAAGUGAAACCAGCAGUCAGCUUGAACAUGCAAAAGUUACACAGACAGAGUUGAUGCGGGAGUCAUUUCGACAGAAACAAGAAGUAACCGAGUCCCUUAAGUGCCAAGAAGAGCUGCGAGAGCGCCUUCAUGAGGAGUCCAGGGCCAGAGAACAGCUGGCUGUGGAGCUCAGUAAGGCUGAGGGUGUCAUUGAUGGCUAUGCAGAUGAAAAAACUCUUUUUGAAAGGCAAAUUCAGGAAAAAACUGAUAUAAUAGAUCGUCUUGAGCAGGAAUUGUUAUGUGCAGGUAGUAGAUUACAAGAGUUGGAAGCAGAGCAACAGCAGAUCCAAGAAGAAAGAGAAUUACUGUCCAGACAGAAAGAAGCUAUGAAAGCAGAGGCAGGCCCAGUUGAACAGCGACUAGUAGAUGCUGCAGUCGAUGCAGCACCUGGAGCAGAAUUACUACAGGAGACAGAAAAACUAAUGAAGGAAAAACUAGAAGUACAGUGCCAAGCUGAAAAAGUGCGUGAUGACCUUCAAAAACAAGUGAAAGCUCUAGAAAUAGAUGUUGAGGAACAAGUCAGUAGGUUUAUAGAGCUGGAACAAGAAAAAAAUGCUGAGCUUAUGGAUUUACGACAGCAAAACCAAGCACUGGAAAAGCAAUUAGAAAAAAUGAGAAAAUUUUUAGAUGAGCAAGCCAUUGAUAGAGAACAUGAGAGAGAUGUAUUCCAACAGGAAAUACAGAAACUAGAACAGCAACUUAAGGUUGUACCUCGAUUCCAGCCUAUCAAUGAACAUCAAACUAGAGAGGUUGAACAGUUAACAAAUCAUCUGAAAGAAAAAACAGACAAGUGCAGUGAGCUUUUGCUGUCUAAAGAGCAGCUUCAGAGGGAUAUCCAAGAACGGAACGAAGAAAUUGAGAAAUUGGAGUUCAGAGUAAGGGAACUGGAGCAAGCCUUACUCAUUAGUGCAGACACUUUUCAAAAGGUAGAGGACCAAAAACAGUGUGGAGCUAUAGAAGCUAAAGCAGAAUUGUCCCUAGAAGUACAGUUGCAGGCUGAGCGAGAUGCCAUAGACCGAAAGGAAAAAGAGAUUACAAACUUAGAAGAACAGUUAGAGCAGUUUAGAGAGGAACUGGAAAAUAAGAAUGAAGAAGUUCAGCAACUACAUAUGCAAUUAGAAAUACAGAAAAAGGAAUCUACUACCCGCCUCCAAGAACUUGAACAAGAAAACAAAUUAUUUAAGGAUGAAAUGGAGAAACUGGGAUUUGCCAUAAAGGAAUCUGAUGCUAUCUCUACUCAGGACCAACAUGGGUUGUUUGGAAAAUUUGCUCAAAUAAUGCAGGAAAAAGAAAUAGAAAUUGACCGAUUAAAUGAGCAAAUUACAAAACUUCAACAUCAACUUGAAAUUACAACAGAUAAUAAGGUUAUUGAAGAAAAAAAUGAACUGAUAAGGGAUCUUGAAACCCAAAUAGAAUGUUUGAUGAGUGAUCAAGAACGUGUGAAGAAAAAUAGGGAAGAAGAAAUUGAACAGCUCAAUGAAGUGAUUGAAAAACUUCAACAGGAAUUGGCAAAUAUUGAACAGAAGACAUCAGUGGAUGCUGUCUCUUUCCCAGAAGAAGCAGAUAGUUUAAAACAUCAGUUGGAUAUGGUAAUAGCUGAAAAACUGGCUUUGGAACAGCAAGUAGAAACCACUAACGAAGAAAUGGCUUUUACAAAAAAUGUCCUUGAAGAAACCAAUUUAAAAAUGAACCAGCUAACACAAGAAUUAUGCAGCUUAAAGAGAGAACGUGAAAAUAUGGAAAAAAUCCAAAGUGCACCAGAGAAAAGUGUUAAUACGGACAGAGAUGACCUGAGCAAAACCAAACCUGAACUGAAAGUUCACCUUACUGAGAAUGCCCUUAAACCCCUAGAAAAUCAAACUUACCUCACAUCUUUUGAAGAAAACAGCAGAAGUUCAAUAAGCAGUUUGGAAACAAAGGUGCUACAACUUGAGGGCACUGUGAGUGCAAAGGACUUGGAACUCACCCAGUGUUACAAACAAAUAAAGGACAUGCAAGAGCAAGGCCAGUCUGAAACAGAAAUGCUUAAACGGAAGAUUGUAAAUCUACAGAAUAUACUUGAAGAAAAAGUUGCUGCUGCUCUUGUGAGUCAAGUCCAACUUGAAGCAGUUAAGGAAUAUGCAAAAUUCUGUCAAGAUGAACAAGCAGUUUCAUCAGAACUUGAAAGAACAAAUGUACAGAACUUAAAUCCAGUAACAGACAAUGAGAUGGAACCAGAUGUAUUAGCAUUAACCUUGAGAAUAUCAGAAUUAGAGAGCCAGGUGGUUGAAAUGCAGACUAGUUUGAUUUUAGAAAAAAAGCAGGUAGAAAUUGUGGAGAAAAAUGCUUUGGAAAAAGAAAAGAAGCUACUAGAACUACAGAAGUUACUGGAGGAGGAGAAAAACGAGGGAGGUAAAGAAAGGAAAAGAAGCCCUGAAGGAGAUUUUGAAGUUCUCAAGACAAGUACUAAGCCUGUUCAUACCAGUGAAGAAAGUGGAUUUUUUUGUCAACUUGAGGCUCUUAGAGCUGAAUCAUCAGCUAUCAAAGAAGAACUUGCCAAUUAUAAAGAGAAAGCAGAAAAGCUUCAAGAAGAGCUUUUGGUAAAAGAAACAAAUAUGGCAUCUCUCCAGAAAGAUUUAAGCCAAGUUAGGAAUCAGCUCACGGAAGCAAAAGAGAAAUUAUCCUCCUUCUUAGAAAAAGAAGAUAAGACUGAGGUACAAGAAAACAGAAAAGUGUGCAUAUUAGAGCCACGUCCCACUAAAGUGGGUAAAAGUCUGGCAUCCCAGACAGAGGGGACUCUCAAGGUCAAUAGCAGCAGUCAGACUCCACAAGUUUUUGUUAGAAAUGCAGGAAUCCAAAUUGAUUUACAGAGUGAGUGUUCCUCAGAAGAAGUCACUGAAAUAAUCAGUCAGUUUACUGAAAAAGUUGAGCAGAUGCAAGAACUACAUGCUGCUGAAAUUUUGGAUAUGGAAUCCAGACAUAUUUCAGAAACUGAAACUUUAAAGAGGGAGCAUUAUGUUGCUGUACAGUUACUGACGGAGGAAUGUGGUACCUUGAAGGCAGUGAUACAGUGUCUGAGAUCUAAAGAGGGAUCCUCAGUUCCUGAAUUAACACAUUCUGAUGCUUACCAAACUAGAGAAAUAUGUUCCAGUGAUUCUGGAUCAGACUGGGGUCAAGGAAUUUAUCUUACACAAAGUCAGGGGUUUGACACAGCAUCAGAAGACCGAGGAGAUGAAGGGGAAGGUUCAACAGAUUCAUUUCCAAAGAAAAUAAAGGGAUUACUGAGAGCUGUCCAUAAUGAAGGCAUGCAGGUGCUUUCCCUCACUGAGUCUCCCUAUAGUGAUGGAGAGGACCAUUCUGUUCAGCAAGUGUCAGAAUCUUGGCUAGAAGAAAGAAGAGCUUAUCUCAGUACAAUCUCAUCUCUUAAGGAUUUAAUUACGAAAAUGCAAGUGCAAAGAGAUGCCGAGGUUUAUGAUGGUUCCCAGUCUCAUGAGAGCCCCCCAGACUGGCGAGGUGAACUCCUGCUUGCUCUUCAGCAAGUUUUCUUAAAGGAGCGCAGUGUUUUACUAGCUGCAUUUCAGACUGAGCUGACAGCUCUAGGUACUAGAGAUGCAGUUGGAUUAUUAAACUGUUUGGAACAGAGAAUACAAGAACAGAGUAUUGAAUAUCAAGCAGCUAUGGAAUGCCUCCAGAAAGCAGACAGAAGGAGUUUGUUAUCUGAAAUUCAAGCACUGCAUGCUCAAAUGAAUGGUAGGAAAAUGGCUCUGAAAAGAGAACAAGAAAAUGAUCAACCAGGCCAAGUUCUUUGUGAGGAUAACCACCUAAAAGAAAAAGAAAUCUACAAUGAAAAACUCUUGGAGUAUAAUAUACAGCAGAAGCAGUCUCAGAUGCUGGAGAUGCAAGUGGAGCUCAGCAGUGUGAAGGACAGAGCAGCAGAACUGCAGGAACAACUGAGUUCUGAGAAAAUGGUGGUUGCUGAACUGAAGAGUGAACUUGCACAAACUAAAUUGGAACUAGAAACAACACUCAAGGCACAACAUAAGCACCUAAAGGAAUUAGAGACCUUCAGGUUGGAAGUUAAAGAUAAAACCGAUGAAGUACAUUUGCUUAAUGACACAUUAGCAAGUGAACAGAAAAAAUCCAGAGAGCUCCAGUGGGCUUUGGAGAAGGAGAAAGCCAAACUAGGACGCAGUGAAGAGCGGGAUAAAGAAGAACUUGAGGAUUUGAAAUUUUCACUUGAGGGUCAGAAACAAAGGAAUAUCCAGCUAAAUCUACUGUUGGAACAACAGAAACAACUACUAAAUGAAUCACAGGAGAAAAUAGAAUCGCAAAGAGUGCUACAUGAUGCCCAGUUAUCAGAAGAACGAGGUCGAAACUUAGAGCUUCAGGUACUUCUUGAAUCUGAGAAAGUUCGAAUACGGGAAAUGAGUAGUACCCUGGAUAGGGAGCGGGAAUUGCAUGCUCACUUGCAGAGCAAUGAUGAUAGUGGGCAGCCUCGGCCCUCCCUACCCUCUGAGGACCUCCUUAAAGAGCUACAGAAACAGCUAGAGGAGAAACACAGUCGCAUAGUAGAAUUGUUAAAUGAGACCGAGAAAUAUAAACUGGAUUCUUUGCAAACAAGACAGCAAAUGGAAAAGGAUAGGCAGGUUCACAAGAAGACGUUGCAGACAGAACAAGAGGCCAACACUGAGGGACAGAAAAAAAUGCAUGAGCUCCAGUCCAAAGUGGAAGAUCUUCAGCGCCAGCUGGAAGAGAAAAGGCAGCAGGUUUAUAAGUUAGACCUUGAAGGAAAGCGACUGCAGGGAAUUAUGCAGGAAUUCCAGAAGCAAGAACUACAACGAGAAGAAAAACGAGAAAGUAGAAGAAUUCUCUAUCAGAAUCUUAAUGAGCCAUCCACAUGGAGUUUAACCAGUGAUCGAACUAGAAAUUGGGUUCUUCAACAGAAACUAGAAGGAGAGACAAAGGAAUCAAGCUAUCUUAAACCGAUUGAAAUGAAUGAGGGAGGAGCUGGCUGUGAUCGUGCAUUAGAAAUCAUCAGACAAAAGCUUCAACAUGUGGCUUUAAAACUACAGCAUCUGGCCCGGAAAGCGUCCAAUAGACUGCAGUUUGAAACAGCAGAUGACGAAGAUUUCAUUUGGGUUCAGGAAAAUAUUGAUGGAAUUAUUUUACAACUACAGAAAUUAACUGGCCAGCCAGGGGAAGAGCCUAGUUUAGUGUCCCCAGGUACUUCUAGUGGCUCAUUGACUGAAAGACUGCUGAGACAAAAUGCUGAGCUGACAGGACAUAUCAGCCAACUGACAGAAGAAAAGAAUGAUCUGAGAAAUACGGUUAUGAAGCUGGAAGAACAGAUCAGGUGGUACCGACAGACAGGAGCUGGCAGAGAUUAUUCUUCUAGGUUUUCAUUCAGUGGUGGUGCCAACAUUGAAGACAUCAUUGCUUCUGAAAAAGAAGUCUGGAACAGAGAAAAAUUGACUCUUCAGAAAUCCUUAAAAAGAGCAGAAGCUGAAGUGUACAAACUGAAAGCUGAACUAAGAAAUGAAGCUUUACUUCAGAAUCUGAGCCCUGAUUCUGAGCAUGCUGCUAUAAAGAGAAUUUAUGGUAAAUACCUGAGGGCAGAAAGUUUUCGGAAAGCUCUCAUUUAUCAGAAGAAAUACCUGCUGCUGUUACUGGGUGGGUUCCAGGAAUGUGAAGAUGCCACCCUGGCUCUGCUUGCCCGGAUGGGGGGGCAGCCAGCCUUCACUGACCUCGAGGUGAUCACCAACCGUCCAAAGGGCUUCACCAGGUUUCGGUCAGCGGUCAGAGUGUCCAUGGCAAUUUCAAGAUGUGCUGUGAAACUUUUUCUUGGCAUCUUUUUUAGAAUGAAAUUUUUGGUUCGACGGUGGCAACGAGUCACAAGUUCUGGUUCUAUCAAUAUUAACAGGGAUGGCUUUGGACUGAAUCCAGGCACUGAAAAGACUGACCCAUUUUAUCAUUCUUCUGGUGGGCUGGAGCUAUAUGGAGAACCGAGACACACUACAUAUCGCUCAAGAUCAGAGCUGGACUAUCCUAGGUCUCCUGUACCUUUUCAGAAUAGGUACCCAGGCCCUCCAGCUGAUUUAAAUCCUGGUUCCUUAGCAUGUUCUCAGCUUCAGAAUUAUGACCCUGACAGAGCCCUGACAGAUUAUAUCACUCGGCUAGAGGCACUGCAGAGACGGCUUGGAACCGUACAGUCAGGUUCAACCCAGUUUCAUGCUGGCAUGAGAAGAUAAUCCUUUGGAACAUUAUGAAUCAAAGUGAUUUUAAACAGAUUCCCUUUUGUAAAUCAGUUCUUUUGUGCUUUUGUAUUGUGGAUAUUCAGCGGGACCAAUAUGAACACAGCUUAUGAUUGUAUACAAAUCCCUUGCCAGCACAUGAAAACAAACCGGAAUUUGUACAUAAUAGCAUUGUGUAUGUAUUCAUGCACAAUAAUCAUUUAAUUACAUGUAUAUUUGUGGAAUGCUAAUUUAAAUGAUUAAAUUAUAAACCUUGUGUAUUUAUCGGAUGGGUGAAAAGAUUAAACUUUUGCGCAUUAUGAUACUGCUGAAUGUGUAGCUUGAGGUGUCCUGUACUUUUCUUAUAAGGCUACUGAAUUACAUGUUUCUGCCCUAAUAUAUUUGCUACUGGUGAUGAAGACAGAUACUAUCACUUGUAGAGACCUAUUUUUGUAUAACGGUAGAAGUUUUGAAUUUUAUGGGGUAUUUUGUCAAGUACUGAAAUAAAAAUGACUUCACCAUUUUAA